AUGAAGCUGAACAUAAUGGCUCGACCAUUACACUGGGGCCUCCUGCUUCUUUGUGUAGGCUUCUGUAGCCAGCUAGUGUCCACUGGCAACCAAAGCUCCCGAGGACAGACAGGGUCAUCGCAGGAGAGGACAGGGACUUGUGAAGUGGUUGCUGCUCAUCGUUGCUGCAAUAAGAACAAAAUUGAAGAACGCUCUCAAACAGUCAAGUGCUCCUGCUUCCCAGGACAGGUGGCGGGGACAACAAGGGCUCUACCCUCUUGUGUUGAAGCUUCCAUUGUGCGACAGAAGUGGUGGUGUAAAAUGAAGCCGUGUCUGGAGGGGGAGGAGUGCCGAGUUCUCCCUGACCUCACUGGCUGGUCGUGCAUCUCUGGGAACAAAGUAAAGACCACAAAGUCUGUUCAGCUUCUCCACAAAGCUGAACUAUUAUACCAAACCUCUUUUUGCAUACCUCUUGAUGUGAGACAUCAGAGCCUACAGCAGCAGCCCAGAGAGCCACUCCGAAGACUGACAGAAAAUGAGAUGCUUCUUGCUGCCGUCACAUAUUAUGCCCAUAUAGCAAACCCAUCACGAUCCUCUGCACAGAUGGACCCAACAGACAACCCAUGCAAGGGCAGCACAGCAGGGAAAUACUGA